CAGAUGUUCUUGAAUGAUUACGAACAACCCCCCUUGGACGCUCUUGUUUAUCUGUUUGGUGAGUGUAAUUACGGGGGGAGAGUGACUGAUGAUAAAGAUCGACGUUUGCUGCUUAGCUUGCUGUCAAUAUUUGUUUGUGGAGAUAUUGUCGAGAACGACCUUCACUGGUUAGUAUUUUGUAUUAGAGUUUUUCUUUCGUUAUUAUAGGACCUUUACAAAACACUUGUGAAUUAAUAAUUCAUGACGAAAACACAAAAGAAAUGACCGCGAAGGAGUUUGUAUUUCUGAUACAAAAUCAUGCUGAUUUACACAAACUUUAAGUUCAAUUUUCUCACCAUUUAUUUUACAGUAAAUUGUUGAAGAAUACGAAUGUUCUCAUCAAGACAUUUCACAAGCCAUUUAUUUAAAUUCGGGAGAGUGUGUAUAUCCGAAUGUUGUAAAUACUUAGUACUCGUCUAACAAUAGAGCGUUUGCGCUCAUUCCCCAGCGACCAACUCAACAAAAGCCAUGGCGGCCAUGUUGGUGUUCCAGACAAAAGGGAAGGGAUUAUUUCGCUGGCCUCAGAGUGACAAAACGUAACAAAGCAAUGGUUUUACUAACACUAACACUAACCCUACUCCAAACACUAACCCUAACCUAAUCCGUAACCUAACCCUAACCUAACCCUACUCCAAAUUUGUUUCUAAACCAAUACCAAUCUUGAAGGAAAAAGUUUUGACGAAAUGUCAUUCUGAGGUCAGCGAAAUAGUUGAUGCCAGACAAAAGAGUAUAAUUAAAAUUCUUUUGAAUUGGAACACCAACAUGGCGGCUAUGACGUCAUAUGCAAACGCUCUGUAUGCCAUCCAGCUAUAGUCCAGUGAUCAGAAUGUUUUCUAAUUCUCAUUUCUAGGUUUUCUCAAAGUGGUACGUACUUCUGCCCGACUCAUGGUCCGUACGAGACAUAUUUAGAAUAUGUGAGAUCUUUGCCUCUCAACCCACAUCCUGAAGUGUUCGGUCUUCAUGAGAAUGCUGAUAUCACUAAAGAUCAGAAAGAGACCAACGAGGUACGAUCACUCAUGCAAUUCAUUAAUAAUUCAUUAUAUUUAUCAUCAUCAUACGAGGAACUUAUCCCUCCCGUAUUUUAUCUAGCUAUUUGAGUGUAUCCUGUUGACGUUACCGCGCCAGUCAGGGGGUGGUGGGAAAUCAUCUGGAGAGAUCAUGGAAGAACUAGCUGCGGAUAUCUUAUCAAAAUUCCCGCCAAGAUUUCAACUGGAUGUUGUCAUGGAGAAGUACCCAGUCCUCUACACGGAGUCUAUGAACACGGUCUUACGUCAGGAACUUAUCAGAUUUAACAGACUUACAGAUGUCGUUCGUGCUACAUUAAUCAACUUACAGAAAGCUAUUAAGGUAAUGUUGCCAUCUGACGUUACAGGUGCUUAUAGCCUUUCCUUGCAGUAAUUGAGUGCUGAAUUGCGAAGCAGCUCAAACAUGAACGAGUCGAAGGUUCAAUCUCUGGACAUAUGAAGAUUAUUUCACCAUGAUCUUGCCAAAAGCUUGCCAAGAUUCUAUUGUAAUCAUGAUCCCACCAUGAUUUUGUCAAGAUCGUAUCAAAAUCUUCCCAAAAUCCUAUUGUAAUCAUGUCAAGAUCCCACCAUGAUCUUGCCAAGAUCUUAUCAAAAUCUUGCCAAGAUUCUAUUGUAAUCAUGUCAAGAUCCCACCAUGAUCUUGCCAAAAUCUUAUCAAGAUCUUGCCAAGAUUCUAUUGUAAUCAUGUCAAGAUCCCACCAUGAUCUUGCCAAAAUCUUAUCAAAAUCUUGCCAAGGUCCUAUUGUAAUCAUGUCAAGAUCCCACCAUGAUCUUGCCAAGAUCUUAUCAAAAUCUUGCCAAGAUUCUAUUGUAAUCAUGUCAAAAUCCCACCAUGAUCUUGCCAAGAUCUUAUCAAAAUCUUGCCAAGAUUCUAUUGUAAUCAUGUCAAGAUCCCACCAUGAUCUUGCCAAGAUCUUAUCAAAAUCUUGCCAAGAUUCUAUUGUAAUCAUGUCAAGAUCCCACCAUGAUCUUGCCAAGAUCUUAUCAAAAUCUUGCCAAGAUUCUAUUGUAAUCAUGUCAAAAUCCCACCAUGAUCUUGCCAAGAUCUUAUCAAAAUCUUGCCAAGAUUCUAUUGUAAUCAUGUCAAGAUCCCACCAUGAUCUUGCCAAGAUCUUAUCAAAAUCUUGCCAAGAUUCUAUUGUAAUCAUGUCAAGAUCCCACCAUGAUCUUGCCAAGAUCUUAUCAAAAUCUUGCCAAGAUUCUAUUGUAAUCAUGUCAAAAUCCCACCAUGAUCUUGCCAAGAUCUUAUCAAAAUCUUGCCAAGGUCCUAUUGCAAGAUCUUAUCAAAAUCUUCCCAAGAUUCUAUCAUAAUCAUGGCAUGAUCGUGGAAGACCAUGCUAAGUUAACAAGAUACCCUAACGUCUUUACAAUGUCUGUACUAGGGUUUGGUAGUGAUGUCCUCUGAAUUAGAAGAUGUGUUCAAUAAUAUGUUGGUUGGAAGAGUUCCAGCUGUCUGGGCUGCGAAAUCGUAUCCAUCGUUAAAACCUCUUGGCAGUUACGUCGCUGAUCUACUGGAAAGGUUUGUUGAUGUUUUGUGUAGUCUUCUGACGGAUUAUCCUUCUUAGACCAACUAGCUAGGAUAACACGAUCAAUACUGGCAAUAGGUCUGACAACAAAUCAUGACUGAUAUUUUCCUGAUAAUUCAUCGAAUGCUGUAUUUAUUCAUACUAUAUUCACACAAGCCCAUAAUACAUGACAAUGAACUACUCUUAUAGUUCAUUUUGAUGUGUGUUCCGCCAACUAGCAUGUAUAUAGACAUAGGUAAAUGAUCUGGUGAACUACCUUUUCUUUGUCCAAAUUCGUCUCAGACAGGUGAAUUAUCUGUCUCUAGUUUGAAUAAGACCAGUGAGAAUUACAUGAUCAUAUCUGAUUAUUUUCUGCAGGUUGGCAUUCUUUCAAAAAUGGAUAGAUGAAGGCACACCGAACGUCUUUUGGAUUUCUGGGUUUUACUUUACACAAUCUUUCCUCACAGGUAUGUUUGAUGCUUUGACAUACCAAGACUGUACAGGUUGUGUUCUACUUGCCGGCUGUAUUCAGUAUACAAACUUAGAUUUCUAAUCGUUCAGGGGCCCGUCAAAAUUUCGCUCGAAAAUACACAAUCCCCAUCGACUUCGUCGGCUUUGAGUUUGAAGUGAUGACGCAAGAGACAGAUAUGGAUAGUAAACCUGAAGAUGGAGUUUAUGUCAGGGUAAGAAAAGUUAUAUAUACCGAGGUUUUCAUCAAGUGAGACAGUGAAACACACGGCGGUCAACUCUAAGAGAAAAAAGCAGUUUUUUAGAGUGUCCAAGUUGUUCAUUAUAUGCAUGAACGCUCUUUGCCAAUGUAGAUCAUAGAUAUCUUAUAUACACUAGAUAGCGCAUCUCUCUUAGUAAAAUUGAAGCCAAGAAUAUUCCAGCGGUUAUCCCCAUUUGAAUAGAUGGCGGCUAUGUUGGAGUUUCCCACUCGCUAAUAAACGCUUAAAAAACAACAAUAAGUUUCAUCAUUUGAAUAGUUUGAAAAUGUAUUUGGAAUAGGUUUAACUUAAUGUUUAAGUUCCCUGUUUAAGAAAUAGAAAACAUACGAGUCUUCUCAUUUCAUGGGAAUAUCCUGAGUCUGCAAUCACAGCUUCAAUUUUUGAAUUGCCGAAUAAUUAGAUGCACUAUCUAGUGUAUAUAAGAUAUCUAUGGUGUAGAUAAGAAAGCUUUGGGUUGAUACAACUACCUGAAAACCACAAGGAGAACUUUUCGAGCGAAGGCCCUAGGCUACUAAGGGACUGGUCAUAAUUUAGCAGGAGAGGGGGUGUGGAGGUGUAAUUCAAAAUUUUAGGGAAUAAUAUAUUGUCACCCUGCUUUGCCAUAACCUGGAAAAAUAAUGCCCCCUUUUGCUCGUGUCAGUAAAAAUGUACCUACCUACUACUAAACUCCGCAUUUAAUAAAUUUUCAAUAAAUUUUCUAAUAAUUUGCGCUUUAAAUUAAGUACAAAAAUUUAUAUUAUACCAACACAUAGUCAUAUAUAAAGCCUAGCUAAUGUCCUCUGACGUUGACUCGCCGAUCUCUUGAAGAACAUUGAAUGUGAUUAAAUUUAAUUGAACACAGUGAUUUACAUAACUUUUCAUUUUAAGUUUAAAGAAUCAAUUUUUUUCAAUGCAACUCAAACAAAAUGUGAGAAGUAUCUAAACUGUCUAAUAUUUUAUGAAUCCCCCUUUUUCCUGGCUAGAAAAUAUGUGACCCCCCACUGUUUCCACCUCCCCACCCCUCCUGCUAAAUUAUGACCAGUCCCUAACCUCCCGACGAAGGGCCUUCGCUCGAAACGUCGAAGUUCUCCUUGUGUUUGUUGGUCAGGUAUAGUAGCGUCCCUAUCAAUCCAAAGCUUUCUUAUUGUUGAUGCGACUACCUACACUGGCACAUAUUAUUCAAGAUUAUAUCACUAUAUCAUGCCUGUUGUAAUGGAAAUAUCUACCAAUACACCCUUUCGAUAAUUACGUCACAACUACACUGUUUCCAACUUAGUUUUUUUUAUCAUGGGCUAUGCACAGAGAAUGCAUGUGUUGAAGAAGGAUGCUUUGCUUCUCUGUGCAUAGCCCAUGAGAAAAAAAACUUGAAAUCCUUUCCAAUUAAGAUGGUCCUAAGUUGAAAACAGUGUAGUUGUGACGUAAUUAUCGAAAGGGUGUACUGUGUUCUUCCAUUAAUGUGAAUACAUUUAAGCUUACACUCAUUGUGUGGCAUCGUCACAUUGACCACUUCAGAGUUCGUCAAUAUUCUCGUAGUGUUUCUGAUUCAUUCUUCCUCUUGUUUUGUGCAGGGUUUGUUCAUUGAAGGUGCAAGAUGGGAUCGACAGCAGAUGAGUUUGGGAGAAUCUUUUCCUAAAAUACUUUUUGAUACAUUGCCAAUUGUAUCCUUUUCAAUUCAUGUUACUUGAGAAACUUCAUAAAGUCGCUCGAGGAGUGACACGCGAGUAUUCUUGGGCGACGUCUUCCCCAAUGAAGACGCUGGAUUGGAGUGUUGAAACUUACAGAUCAUGAAUGUGAUAUGUUUUUGAAGGCCCAUUUACACCACACAACUUUUGCCUAAAACUAUCGCAUGCAACCUGCUUACAACUUGAGUUGUACUGUGUAAAUCAAACACACAACUCACGACAACGUAGGCGAGUUGUAUGUUGUGAUUUACACAGUACAACUCAAGUUGUAAGCAGGUUGCAUGCGACAGUUUUGGACAAAAGUUGUGUAGUCUAAAUCGGCUUUUGAGGGGUUACAUUCGUGGCGGGCACCAGAGAAAGGCGGGCAAUAUCAAUUGACCAUUCACCACCUGGUUACAUUCAUGUGAAAUCCUAAAGUCCUUAACUUUAGUUCUUCAGAUGUGGGUGAAACCAGGAGAAAAAUCAAAAUUCAAAACCAAAGCAACGUACCUAGCCCCAGUCUAUAAAACAAGUGGCCGUCGGGGUACCCUGUCCACCACAGGGCAUUCCACCAACUUUGUCAUGUUUGUACAACUGCCUUCUAACGAGGCCGAGCGACAUUGGAUCAACAGAGGAGUGGCACUACUCUGUCAGUUGGAUGACUAAUUGACUCACUUUAUUCUGCUCUUGUCAAUGCGUGUGCACAAUGCAUUUGAUGCCUCUGUCUUAUUUUUUGUCUUCAAGCUUGGACAUCCGUAUAUAUUGUAUAUUUUUGUAUAUAUUAUUUUUAAAGUAUAGUGUAUAGUUCUAUUUAUAAAGGAGAGUGUUUUGGAAUGAAACAUGCAG